AUGGCCUUAGGAUGCAUGUUAGCUCAUCUUGAUGAUUUGGGGAAGGAGCGUGUCAUCUAUUAUUUGAGUAAGAGGAUGCUUGAGUAUGAGUGCAAGUACAUUAUGAUUGAGCACUUUUGCUUGGCAUUGGUUUGGGCCACUAGGAGACUUAGACAUUACAUGACAGAGUAUUCCGUGCUCUUGGUCUCACGAUUGGACCCGUUGAGGUAUCUAUUUGACAGGCCUAUUAUGACCGGUAGGCUCAUGAGAUGGCUGGUAUUGUUGACAGAGUUUGAUAUUCAUUAUGUCACACAGAAGUCAGUAAAAGGAAGCAUUGUUGCAGAUCAUCUAGCUUCUUUGUCGAUAUCCGAUGACAGAUCGGUUGAUGAUGAUUUCCCUGAUGAGCAGAUCAUUUCAAUGACUAGUAUUACGGGAUGGCGGUUGUACUUUGACGGUUUGGAGACUGCACUUGAUCUUGGCAUUAGACAGUUGGAGAUCCACGGGGAUUCCAAUUUGGUUAUACAGUAUAUACAUCUGCCCAGGGCAGAGAAUCAGUUUGCCAAUGCAUUAGCCACCUUGGCUUCUAUGAUUGUGAUCCCUGCGGGGGUGACUGUUAGGCCAUUGCUGAUUGAAACUAGGUUUGCACCAGCUUACUAUUGUCUGAUUAGAGAGAUAGAGGAUCAGAUUGAGUUGCCAUGGUAUCACGAUAUUUAUCAGUUUCUGUCAUGCGACACUUACCCAGAGUCAACCUCGGCCAAGGAUAGGAGAGCAUUGAGACAGUUGGCCACCAGAUUUGUUAUUUGCGGGGAUGCACUAUAUAGGAGAUCACCUGAUGGCCUGUUAUUAUUAUGUCUAGACUGUACAUCUGCAGAUUGA